GCACGGGUCCGCUCCUUCUUGGAGGUAGAGGCGGCCAGCGCUGACAAUAUCGAGCUGGAAGCGUGUGGCUCAUCGCUCGCCUCAGCUCUGAGCUGCUGACCUCUCGUCUCUGAAAGCCAGGACUCUCUCCCUGCACACACCCACCCAGCCAGCCACACACACACGCAGCCUCCCUCCAUCCAUCCCCAGCCCACCCUCUGCACUCCCCUCCUCAGCGCUGACUCCACUGACACUUGUAAACUCUCAAGCCGGACCAACGUUGGUCGUGAAUUCCGCAAUCUCACAUCUUCUUCAUCACCUCCACGCUCCCCCUCACACACACACAGAGACACGCACCAUUCCCCAGCCCCGUGUGUGUGUGGCUGUGAGAGAAGCAGUAGCAGGUUCCAGCUCGCCUCAGUGAAAGCUCUCAGCAUGCUGGAGAACACGCCGGGCUCCGGUCCUGUUAUCCUCCCUUGCCUCCUGCUGACCACCAUCCUCCUGGUCCUGACUGACGCCAAAGGCAGCUUCUACGCCCCUUACCGAUAUAACCUUUUCACCUCUGGGUCCAGCCCCAGUCUGAAAGGAGCGGGACGAGUCACCGGCCGGCACAAGAACUAUUGUGCUUACAUUGUGAAGAAAAAUGUCACUUGCACACUGCAGGAUGGGACAGAUACCUAUGUGAAAGCGGAGUACCGCCAGUGUACUUGGGGCCAACUGAAGUGUCCAGGAAUGGUCAUGUAUCGAACAUUCUACAAACCCAAAUACAAAAUAGGAUACAAGACUGUUACAGAAUUAGAAUGGAGAUGUUGUCCAGGAUAUUCUGGUGAUAAUUGCCAGGAAGGUUCUACAGGACUGCCUGAACUUGUGCCACCACACCCUGGACCCAGAAAAGGUUAUUAUGGCCCGAAGGCUCCGGAUGUCUACGGAGAACGAAUUGAUCGUUUGGAAGAUGAAAUGCGACGUUUUUCACAAUCAUUUGAGAGACUCCAAUCUAUGGUGAGUGGGAUCAGUGACAGUCUCAGGCUAUCCAUUCAGGAAGACACCAAUAAAAUGAUAGUAUCAUUGCUGAAUAAUUUAAAAUAUCCUGGUCCAAUGGUAGACAUUGAAUACAUACCUGGCCUGGAAAAUCUGAGUAAAGCAUACCCACCAGUGAUGGGAGACUUGGAAGCUAAGGUGACAGAGGUUAAGAAUGUCUUGAAAACAAAGAGUGACUUGCUGGAUGAAGUUCAUGGAAUGGUGAUUGGCCAUGAUGGCCAAAUCAGGCAACUUCUGGAGGCUAGUAGACCACCUACACCUUUGGCAACUGUGGAUUUUUUCGACAGCCUUAUAGAUGACAAGCUCACCAAGUUUCGAGCCGACUUACUUGAUGGAUUUGAAAACCGAUUCAAUGAUUUGCAAACUGUCUGUGAUUACAAAGUCAAGUUAAUCCAACAACAGUGUGAGGAACAGAAGAACAUAAGUGAUCGACUUGAAGGAAUGAUAGAUGGAAAAGAAUCUGACCUAAAAAAGGAGAUUAAUAACUUACAAACUCAGAUUGGUGGAUUGGCUGUAACUGAAAAUUGCUGUGACACAGUUAAGUACUUGUCAGAUAAAAUUGAUGCCCUUGAACAGGACCUGUUGAAAGUCUCAGACUAUCAAAGAUCACUAACAACUCGGUUUGAGAGUGAGUUGCCGCAAUUCUCUAGUAUUCAUGUCCAAAAUGUUUAUGAUAGUAGGCUGGACAACAUUGAGGCCAAAAUCAAUGCUACAGAGAGGAACUUGGAAGAAAAUUGUCUAUUCAUAGAGAACAAUAUGAAGGGACAUCUUGGAACUGAGCUGGAUGGGAUGAAGACUUUCCUGCAUGAUAAGCUAAAGGAUAUUGAAGGCCGUGUUACAGUUAUUGUUGAGGAGUUGAGCAAUGUAUCUAUUCCUGCCAACCUAGAGGGAGAAGUAAUCCCAAGGCUGGAAACAGAGAUUUCAACGAUUAAGAAGAAAACUAAUGAAGGCCUGGAUGAUUUGGAAGGAAGACUGGUAGCUUUGGAGAAUCUGUGUACUGUUGGCUGUACCUCAAUUAUAACUGACAUUGAAACUCUCAGAACAGAAAUUGAUGAUUGCCACAGAAACUGCCAAGAUAUUGUGACAAAACUGGAUAAGAACUCUGGUCUACUCAACAAACUUAACUACUCUAUGUUCGAAAUAAAUCAAAAAAUUAAAGAAGAAGAAGAAUCCAAUGCCGUUCGGGGAGAAAUUACUUUACUGAAGAUCAACAUCAACUCUGUGAACAAGACCUUAAAAGGGAUCAAAGACUCCGUCAGCAAGUAUGCUGAUGACUUUGCAUUUGCCAAUUCAACGUGGGAUGAACACGAGCGCAAAAUGACAGAUGAAGUCCAUCUGAUCCAACAGAUAGUUAACAGCCAAGGUUCUCAGCUCCUUUUUAAUGACAAGCGUGUCCAUGAUCUCAAAGGUGACCUGGAACGAAUUAACCACAGGAUAAUGUCAGAUCUCCAUAACUGCAAACACAGCGCUCAAGAUAUCCAGAAGGAAGUGUCACAGGUUGAUAGACGAGUGGCUGAGAUGGAGAGCGUGUGCAACAAACUAACUGCAGUAUUAAACAGUCUGGAUUAUAUUAAGGAUGGUUUGGAUAAUCACGCUGGUGAUCUGUGGAAUUAUUUAGACCGUAUGAAUGGAACCCUUGUGGUACACAAUCAAGACAUCACUGCUCUAAGAGACUCAGUCAAUGAGUGCCAUACAAGAAUAACAGACAUUGGAAAUCGGGCACUAGAUGGUCUACACGGACCCAUUGGCCCUCCUGGAUUAUCAGGAUUUCCAUCCUUUGCAAAACAUAUUACAUUUUCUGUGGGUCUUACUGAAAAGCCUUUCCCUGCUGAUAACGGUGUUGUAAGAUUCAACAAAAUUCUCAUCAAUGAUGGAGGUCACUAUGAGCCUCGCACAGGUAUAUUUACUGUUCCCUACAGUGGGCAGUACUUCAUUAGCGCUAUACUUACUCCACAGAGAAAUGAACGCAUUGAGGCUGUGCUGACUGUAUCCAAUGUAAGUGUUGCUCAAGUGGACACAGCAGGGUACAGGACUGAAGUAUUAGAAAUUGCCGUGGAUAAAAUAGAGAAUCAUUCUGGAGGUGGUCUUGCUGUGUUCAGCCUAAUUCUCAAUCUGAAAGCUGGUGACGAAGUGAGUAUUGUCGUUAUGUCAGGAAAAUUAGCUUACACGGGAACAGAUGAGCUACACUGUACAUUCAGUGGUGUUCUGCUAAAUGAUUCACAAAUAGACAGUUGACAAAGCCCAGGUAAAUUAUGAGAGCAGCUAGAACUGAAGGAACUGGCCAACAUCUGAUUCUAAAAUGCUUCUUGUAGAGCAAACAGUGAACUAACUGGAAAUAUUCAUUUCAAAUCUAAACAUUUAGCAGCUGAACCACACUAGAGCCAAAAUGGUCUGUGGAUAGUCCAUAUUUUUAAAUCAAGCACCACUAAGCAAAACAUAAAUUUGGUUUGCUGCCUUUUCAAUUAACUAUGGUUACAUCUUCAGAAAACAAGACUUUAGAUCAUUGCCUUUGAUUAUGCUUGUAUUAACCCUUUGAGAACAGGGAAUUAAAUAUUGAAAAAUAUUGACAGUACAAUUUUUAAAAUUUAGGAACAGAUUUAAGAAACGUUUGUUGCUUGUGUAUAUAUAAUUCUAUUUUGUAAUACAUUUUCAGAAAUAUACAACUUUAUAUAGUUAAAGCAAAAAUCCACUUGUAUUUUGAAAGCUUAAAGUCUGUGCUCAAAGGGUUAACAGGUUAAGGGUUUUAUGUAGCAUCUUCAAAGAAAUGCUCCAGACAGUACCCAUUUAAACCUCGUGAUUUUUUUCUCUUCUCUCGAAGCAAGUGCCUCAUUAAAUAAUAAAAUGCACCAUAAUGAAUAACAUCAAGUGCAAUCUGAUGUAAGAUGAGCACUGGAGGGGUUGGGGAAUCACUCAACACUUCGUGCUCAAAUAUUGAGCAUUAAUUAGAUGAUCUGUACUGCACUAGCACCAUCACUGCUUAUUAGUCUGUUUAUCAGGAUGUAAGCUACCAUUAGCCAGAUAGCCAUUACAUUAGCUAAUAAAACCAGAGUGCUUUUUAUGCACAAUAGCAAAAGUAUUGACUCAGGUAGCAUAAAACAUCCAUAUAGAUGCCAGUGUUAUUUUGUAAAUGUAAACUUUAAAUUAAUUUUUCUUUUGAAAAUCUGUUAACUGACCUUCAUAAAUGUUGGCCAAUAUUACAUAACCUAUGACAUUCAUUUUCUCAUAAAACAAUGCAUGAAAUCUUGUCUUUAUCAUUGUAUUUUUCAUCCUAAAUAUACAAUGAUUCAGACAGAAAAUGUACAGAAAUGAAAAGCAUUACCUAGGUUCAGUACAUUCAUCAAAUUCAGAAAUGAGACCAUGACAUUGUGUGUAUGGGUGUAUGUGCAUUUGUACAUUUGUGUGCACAAGAAUUACAAACUUAGUUUACUAACCUUUGUCCUCUGGUUUAGUUGACUUCAACAAUGAAAUAAUACUGAACAUUUGAUAAAUAUGUAUAGUCUUUACAUUAUCUUUUACAAGUUGCCAAGUCCAAGAUUUGAACAUUCUAGUGGAUCUAUAAAAUUCAAUCACAGCAUUGUGCCAGAGAUUAAAAAUUUAAAUCAAUACAGAAGAUGUCAUUUAAAUGAAUAGUUGUGAAAGGUCAAGCGUGGUUUUGGAUGAGUGUAUUUAAUUGAAAUUAGCUUUGUACAAGAAAUACUUCCAAACGCAAAUUUUGAAUAGACGAAUCUUUGAUCACUUGUCCAAGAUAAAGCAUCAAAACUUGUUAUAUUUGUAGUAAUUUAAAACAUUUUGUUGCAAAAUGCAUUAAAAUGACAAAAGUAUAGUUGUUUAUCAUUUUUAGUAAUAAAUACUAGCAUUACAUUGCAAUUCUUAUUUUGUAGCUGAUAUUGAAGAACUGUUCAAUGUAUGAACUUGAAAUCUUUUUGUUUUGUAUAUUAGUGUACAUCUUUGAACAUAUGGAACUAAACUUUGUGAACAAGCAAGUAAUGGUGCUAUUUUCUGUAAAUUAAAUACACAUUUUCUACUGUUUAAUUUAAUGUUUGCAAUAAACAUAUGGUUUGAAAUUAUACAUGUA